AAAUAUUAUUACUCUAUGUGAUGACCUUUCAUCAUUCAAACAGUACACCAUCUUCCAAUCAUUUGACGUGCGAUCCAGGUCUCCUCUGCGAAAGACAUUCUGGUAUCUAGGGAUAUCCAGGGACUGUGUCUUGAACACUCGAAAUGACACGGAAACUCAAGUUUCACGAGCAAAAGCUCCUGAAGAAGCACGACUUCAUCAAUUAUAAGCAGGACAACAACCACCGACAUCAUGACGUUGCCAGGCGGUACAUGAUUCAAAAGCCAGAGGAUUAUCACAAAUACAACAGGCUUUGUGGUUCCCUCCGGCAAUUAGCACAUCGUCUUAGUCUCCUUCCGCCGGAAAACGAAGUCAGGAGGAAACACGAGACUCUGUUGCUGGACAAGCUCUAUGACAUGGGCAUCCUUUCGACCAAAUCGAAGCUCUCCCAGGUCGAGCACAACGUGACGGUAUCAGCCUUUGCUCGGCGACGGUUACCUGUUGUUAUGACUCGCCUACGCAUGGCAGAGACCGUACAAGCUGCCACGAAACUCAUCGAGCAAGGCCACGUGCGUGUCGGCGUCGAGGAGAUCCGUGAUCCCGCCUUCCUCGUGACGAGGAACAUGGAGGACUUCGUCACCUGGACCGUGGGCAGCAAGAUCAAGCAGAACAUCUUGAAGUACCGUGACAAGCUUGAUGACUUUGAGCUUCUCUGAUGGCUGUCUUGGCCGCCUACCCUAGCUCUGUCAGUAAGGGUAUAUGAACCCUAGGGGCACCAAACAAGUCUUGCUGCCACGAGCCCGGAUACCGGUCAACCUUGGCGUUCUGGGAAGGAAAGGUGGUGGGGCGAACGACUGGCGCCUGUUCGCAAUCUAUCAGUACGAGUGCUUCAGAUUGUCGCGGCAUCUGAUGGAAGCGGGGGAUCCGGAGGCGAGAAAGCGGGAUUAGCCACACGUGCAAGGGACUCGCUUCGCAGACGCGCCCAGACCAGCAUGGGAAUGGUCUCUCAGGACGCAGCGCUAGCCCCGGUCGCGACUGUUCUUUGAAAGAUCGAUAGGCCGAGUUGGAGGGGAUUUAUAGCAAGAGGUUGAGUUGGGCCUGCUGGUAGUGACGGGACAAAUAGUGUACGCGUGUCAGGUCCAAAAGGGCCGGGUGAACAGUCGAGAUCGGAGGCACCUAGCACAAGUUCCCCAAGUAUCGAUCCGGUCGGGCAAGGCUCCUCCUCUACAUGCAAAGUCCGUUCCCAUAACAGAUCCUCGUUUUACAUUGCC